AUGUCAAUCGGUAUGCUCCUUGACGAAUUCUUUAUUGAAGAGUGGACAAAUAGCAGCUCAUACGAAAAUUAUUUUGCUGCAUGUUCACCAACUCAUUGCAAUUAUAAAUAUGUUACACACAAUAAUCUCUUGUACGUGGCUACAUCAGUAGCUGGUCUCUAUGGUGGUCUUACAAUUGGCUUACGAUUUAUCAUCUGGAAUGUUACAAGAGUUUAUCGAUUGAUGAAAAGACGUAUUCAAUCUCGUCGAGUUACUGCACAACUAUAA